AUGCUACUACUGUUCUGCCUUCUCAUAAACUGUAUAGUGAGAGCACAUCUGAUACCGAAACCCGAGGAUUCUCAGUACUGUGCAAUAGCAUGCUCAGCUAUCAUCGGCCGGAUCAAAUUCGAACAGAAACCAGCCGAAAACCCAGUCUGCUCUGGAGUGCUCGCAGUUCAAUCAGUCUUCCAUUGCGUCGACCAUUAUUGUGAGCUGGACGAUAUUAACCGGGGCUUGGACUAUCUGAACUGGACAUGUACUCAAGAGAAGCGCUCAUUUUUGAGCCCAUACCAGCUGGCCAGCACCAAUAAUUUGACUGUGAUUAAUGCUCAAGAGGCCAAAGGGACCCGGUACACACAGAUUGUCAUACCUAGCGAGGAGUACUACCAGACUGCACUGGGAUCGACAGUCACACGAUAUGCUGCGACGGCAGCCUCUUGGAAUUUUGCCUUCGGCUUAUACGGCUUUUGGGGCGUAGUCAUGCUAAUAGGCAUCUUGCAGCGAAUUAUUCGAGCAAGGCCUGCAAGACUUUUUCCCAGCAGUUGGCCAGCUCUACAACGUGUUCCAAGCGUCCCCUCUCCCGCGUUCAGCCCGCCUGGAAAAGUCGUGACCACUAUCAUAAUAGCCUACACAACGCUUUGCAUCAUCGCCUGUUUCCCCGCAUACAAAACCUAUCGGGGUAAUAUCUACUACGCCAGCGAAAGGAUCGAGUUGGGGAAGUAUAUCUCCAAUCGGCUGGGAAUUUUGACUGCCGCUAAUAUUCCGCUCAUUUGGUUGUUUGCUGCUCGAAAUAAUCCCCUUCUAUGGGUAUCUGGAUGGUCUUACCCGGUUUUCAGUCAGUUUCAUCGUUGGACCGCACGCAUUACAGCUCUGCUGGCCAUUGCACACGGGAUAGGCUACUCAAUCACGAAUUCCUACAAAAAGACAUAUUACGUGACCUGGAAUGAGAGCUACUGGCGUUGGGGAGUGAUAGCGCUUCUCGCGAUUUGUGUCCUCGCCGCUACAUCCAUUCCCAUACUUCUGGCCCGCUACUACGACUUGUUCCUUAUCAUGCAUACGGCCUGCGCCGCUGUAGGCUUGGCCGGCGUCUACUAUCAUCACAACGAGCUCCUCGAAAGAAAUACCUAUCACCUGUUCGUCUGGAUUGCCGUGGCCGUAUGGAUCGCGGAACGUCUGCUCCGGCUCGUCAGAAUCACGCGGAACGGAUAUGCUCAGAUCAAUACUUAUGCCAAGCUUACCCUUCCAGAAGGCUCAGACAUGCUGAGGCUAGAUGUCACAGAGCACUUCAAGAAUUCGCAUCAUGCACCAGGGCUCGGACAGUACUAUUUCAUACGCGAGCCACUUCGGUGGAAAGGAUGGGAAAGCCAUCCCUUUACGCUCUGUUCUUGGCCUCUGAGUACUUCGGCUCCAAACAGUCGACUAGAGUUCUCGAAAGGCGCGGCGAUUGAGACCAACGCACACAGGAGCAAGGAAUCGAGUAUGGGGUACUGUUUUCUAAUCAGCCCUCGCAGGGGCUUUACAAGUAGAUUGAAGAAUCUAGCUUCAAGUCCCGCCUCCUCGUCUGCGAUAUCUCCGCAGAGGGUUGAACAUCAAGGCAGGAACGUUCGUCUUUUGCUGGAAGGUCCUUACCCUGUUGCUACUCUCGCAUUGGCCCCAUCUGGUUCCAUGCUUCUUCUGGUAGCAGGGGGCUCUGGGAUCAGCUCUUGUAUCCCUCGGCUCUAUCAAUACAUCUCUCACGAAAAUUACCUCGGAGUCCAUCUGGUCUGGGUAGUCCGUUCCAUGGGGACCUUCAACGACGUUCGCGAGCAUGAGCUGGCCAGCUUGCUUAUGAAUGAGAAGCAGACGAGGGGUGUAGAGAUCAGUGUUUACGUGACCUCCUCACCAGCUUCAGACAGUGGGCAAGGGCGGAACACAGAGCGAGCGAGUCGUGAAGCAGACGAUCAGCCGCAAAACACCCAGACCUUAUACAAGACGUAUUCUGGUCGGCCAGACCUCGACACUUUGAUCAAAACCGAGUGCGAGAAGGCCAGUGUCAAUUUCUCGUCUCUCAGCAUCUUCUGUUGUGGACCGCCUUCUUUAGCAAUGAGAUGUAGAGCUGCUACCAAAGCUUCAAAAAGUGCAGGGGGUGGGCCACCGACAGAGUUUGUUGCACAUGAACAUGGAUGGUGA